AAAAAAUUCGUCUUGUUGUGCAUUACGGAUUACGGAGAUUGUCAGAAUCAAAACACAACACAAAAAGCACACAGACUUCUUCGUACUGCUAGCAGACAUCAUCGCAUAAUUGCAGUUAUGCGUCAUAUAUUGCAUCUAGGCUUGAGUCGAUCAUGAAGAAGUGUUCCAAACGUGCAUUUUAAUACGAUUGACAGUUUCUUGGUGUAGUUUUUUCAUUUAGCAUAAGAAGAUGUGAGAUCGAAAAGCUAUGAAUAAGAUUGUAAAUAAUUAAGAUUAUUCAUUUAAGCAACUGGGAAUAGGUUGAUUUUCUCUCUGGCUACUGUUCUUGUCGAUAUCAGAACCAUAUUUUUUGCCUAUUAGUGAGGUAAUGGUCAGUCUCACCCGACCGUUGCACUCAUCUGGAAGUUUUCAAGGUGCCGUAUUUUUUGAUAACUCUAACAUGGAUGAUGAUGACUGCCUUGUCCCUGUUGGGGAUCCUCGAGAACAUGAUCAUUUUGAAAAGUUAGAUACUGUACCAAUGGUAUCCGUCCCUCUUAUUGCAGGAGUUGCCUUAGAAAUCACUGGUAUAAUAUUUAUAUCAAUAUGGCCUGAAGAAGAAAACAAAUGUGAUACUUAUUUCAUUUUACUGUAUCUUCAUUGUGCAUUCUGGUUGCUAAUUAUGAUUGUAGACUAUUUUGUGAAAGAAAAACAUCAUCAUCUUAGAAUAAGCGGAUAUUUGGAUUUUUAUCAAUCAACGUAUCAGCAUAUAAGAACACCAUUCUUUAUAUCAUCUUUGUGGAAUGCAGUAUAUCUAUUACUAUCAGUUAUUUUACACCAUGCUCAUAAAAAUAACUAUGAAGAUUACUGCAGGAGGUCUGAAUGGUUUACUCCUUUGAAUUAUAUUUUACUUCUUACUACUUUUGAACUAAUGAUAAUAGUUCCAGUUUAUAUUAACUAUAUCAAAAGAGUUAGAAGGUUUAAUAGGACUAAACCACCUCCUGAUGUCACUCGUGAAGAAUGGCUUACAUCAUUUACCCAAGAAUCUUUUGCUGGUGAAGUUGGUUUUGAGCAAAAAGGACUAAAUACCGCUGAAUUACUUGAAAAACAAGCUGAUUUAAUAAGAUAUCUAAGAGACCAUAAUGUUAAAUUAAGUAUAAGAAUGAUGCUUUUGGCUUCACAAGUAAGAAAUAUUCAGAACGCAUAAGUUUAUUUUUGUAAAUUAUAAAUUUUUGUUAUUUGAAUCAUGACAAGCAAUUGAAUUUAUAAAGUGGCAUAUUGAUACAUGCUGCAUGGUCCAAUAUCUUUUUAAAAUGGAAUACAGCAUCGUAGAGUCAUUUAAUUUGUAUCUUUUGUCAAUAAAUUGGACGAAUGUACAUAUAUAGAAAAAGAUAGAGUUUUAUAUAACAUUUUAUAAGCAAAAGCAUGUUUAUAAUAUCAAGAUCAAGAUAAUUAUUUUCGUGAUAUGAUAAAAAAGAUCUUCCAAAUAAGAGUUUAAUACUAAUAAGCGAAUAAUGAUGUCACCACAGAUUUUUAAACCAUAUUUAUUAAGUAAUUUAUAAUUGUUUGAAUUUUCGACUCGUUAAAUAAAAAAUAAACACAAAUUCUAUAA